UUAAGAUGUUGAGCAACAGAGUGGUGCGGGUUCAGAACCAUUACCGGAAGAGACUGAACAACAUUUACGGGAUGCUGAAAUGGAAGUUAACACCGGCAAUGGGGACACUACUCAAGCAGAUUCACCUUACUUAGAACCACAGACUGUGGCUCAUGUGCCCAGCGAGGCUUGCUUGCAAAUGUCUAUGGAAGUUGAAGCUGAGGCAAAUUUUGUAAUGCAGUCGGUCCAACCAAUUAUAGCACCAGCACAGCCUCUGCAAAGAGGGGCAGAACAAGUAGACCAUUCUGGUACAACAUCAUCUCAGACUUUGCAACCUGAAAUGCAUCCACCAGCAUCCAGGGAAGCUUAUACUCAGACAGAUCUGAUAAUUCAGUCUGCACAACCAAGUACGGUGCCAACUGGGCUUUCACAAAGAGUUGCAGAACAAGCAAGCCUUUCUCGUGUACCAUCAUCUCAGCGUUUGCCAUCUGCAAUGCAUCCAUCGGUUCCACCGUCCAGUAUUCUGCUUGAAAGAGCACACCCUGAUCAGUGUCAACCACCAAGUCAUCAACCCGAGGCUGCACCGGGUUCUUCAGCACAACUCUUUCCGGUGCCACCAAUGAUGUUUAAUCAUCCACCAGUUGGUGAUGAUCCACUGAAAAAUGAGUUGCACAGAUUACGGUUACACAUUGACUUGCUUAACAAAACCCACCAAUUAAAGCAAUCACAGCUUAGGACCGAGUGUAGCCAAGAAAUGAAGAAGCUCAAACAAAAGUAUGAUUUGUUACUUCAAGAACAAGAUUCCACUCAUCUUCAGCAAACCAAGACACUUGAUAAUCUUCGUGACAAAGUUCUCCUCAACCAGUCACUAGCUGGCUAUCUUCGGGAUAAAUUCGCAUCUUCUGGAGAACAAGUGGUGGAGUCACCAACUGCGUCGUCGUCAGCUGCUCGACCACCAGUGCGGAUACAUCAUGUCCAACCGUUACAGGUCGAUCGACCAUCACCAUCAUCAUCGCCAUCUUCGCAAGUGGUCAGACCACAUCCCUCCAUGCUAAGCAACAUUGUCAGAUCAGCAUCAACUAGUUUUAGCCUUGCGCCAGUUUUGCCACGGGGAAGCUUUGGAGUCCAGAGUGAACUAGCACAUGCACCUGCUCCUCGUCUUCAGAACAGGUUGCCUCCACAGGUGCAGUCGAUGGCAUCUGCAAAUCAGCAGCAGCUUCCAACUAGGCUGGAGAGCAUGUCUGCAUGGACAUGGUCUACAUGCCCACAUGCAGUUCCCCCAGGGAACCCAUCACUGUCAAGCUUGCAUCCAAGUUCACACUCCACUAUACCUGCACCCUUGGGGCCAUCAAGUUCACAUCAAAUUCAGCAGGUUCCACCACUGCCAUCAAGUUCACAGCCAACACGCCUGCCAUUUCCAGUGCCUUCGAAUCCAAAUCCAGUUCUUCCACAAACAUUACCACGAGGUUUGAUUAUGACAUCUAGUGUUUCCUCAGCUGCGUACAAUGUGCUGCCAAGUAAAGGUGUUGGGCCUUGCGCAUCAGGCUCGCCGCAGUCAGAUUCUGAUCCAGAAUCACUGGAUCAAUAUCUAACCAGUCUUGGGGUGCCCAGUGAUCCCCAUGGCGCGGCGGCUCCUGAAGUGAUAUGCCUAUCUGAUGAUGAAGAGACCGGUGCAGAUUUACAAACAGAAAACACACUGGAAUACUAUUUUAGAACUAGUUGUUCACGGUAACUAAGAGGGAAAAAAGGCAAGUGUUAACAGAUUAGAUUGUGGUCGGCGACGGCAGUGGUUCAGCUCACGCCCGGCGUGCGCGACUCUAUCAGAUGGGCUUGGGAGGGCUCGGGCCAGUUCACGGCUAGAUCGGCAUACGCGGCAAGAUUUUGGGGCCGGGAGAAGGCACCUUAUGCCACUAUACGCGGCAAGAAUGACAUGGCCUCUUUCCUGUAUGAGAUGUCUAGGUGGGAUGUCGCGAAUAGCUAGAUCGGGACUGCUUGGGUGGGGCUUGGUAGGGUUUGGGCUGUUUGCCCGGGUUUGAUAGCAUGUAAACUGUUUUAACUUUGGUAGGGAACUAGCUAAAUGAAGUAGCUCAUGAGUCUCAAUCUAAGUGAACUAGCUCAUUAGUAGUCUUUGCUUUGCUUCAUUAGUUCUGUUGUAGCAUAGUUCCAUUCAUGGUUUCUGUUACUUAGUUUUCUCUGUCAAUACAAUUUUCAUUUAGCAAAGUGAUGUGCCUCUUGAAUGAUCUAAUGUUGCUACCAGUUCAGACACUGCACUUAGCACUUGCAAUUUUUUGAAGAAUAUUCUAAAUGGAGUAGAUCACGAGUCUCAAAUCUGGACAGAGUUGUUUGUUCCGCUUGUACAGCUAUAUCUGCUAUACUUUGAUCAUGAAUAAGUUGUACUUGCUGUUAGGGAUGUAACGGCGCCGCAAGGCCUGUUUAGUUAGCUUGGUAGUUCAUUUUCCCCUAAAAAAUAAACUUUCUUGAACUGUUAGACCGAUUAGUGGGCUUAAACCGGCGCCGUUUACAUCGUGACUUGAUAUCAGAUUAGUCGUAAAAGUAUUAUCGAAGUGAGAUAUGAAUGAGAUAGCAACAACAACAACAAAGUCU